GAAGUUAAGAAGGAUGUAGAGCCCAAGGACGAAGCCGUGCCAGUGAGGAGGGAGAAGUCUGGCAAUGUAGCCAGUCUGGUGCAGCGCAUGAGCAGCUAUGGGCUUCCAGCAGGAGGAUUUCAGCCUCAUCCCCCGUCCAAAAGCCUCAAGAAGAGGUCCAAGAAGCGGCAGUGCAAAGUGCUCUUCGAGUACACCCCGCAGAACGAGGAUGAGCUGGAGCUCAAGCUGGGGGACGUGAUCAACAUCACUGAAGAGGUAGAAGAUGGCUGGUGGAGUGGAAUACUAAAUGGCAAGGCAGGGUUGUUUCCUUCAAACUUUGUGAAAGAAUUGGAGUUGACGGAUGAUGGAGAAACACAGGACACUCUGGAUGACACAGAGUCUGUUUUCAGUGGUCCUACCUCACCUGUGACCUCUCCAGGAAAUGGGGGUGAACCUGGAUCUGGACCAGCACAGCCAAAGAAAAUCCGAGGUGUUGGGUUUGGAGAUAUCUUUAAAGAAGGCUCAGUGAAACUGAAGACAAGAUUAUCCAGUAAUGAAUCAGAAGAUAAAAAGCAAGAUAAGCCAUUACCUAACCAUCCCCCUGGAACAAAGCUCAUUCAUUUUCCCACUACAACAAAAACAGAAAACUCCUCAGAAGUAACAAAAUCAGAAGCUGAAAGCAAACCAAAAGCCAAGGAAUAUUGCAGGACAGUAUUUUCCUACGAAGGCUCAAAUGAUGAACUCAGCUUUAAAGAAGGAGAGAUCAUUCAAAUAAUAAGUAAGGACACUGGAGAGCCAGGCUGGUGGAAAGGAGAGCUCAAUGGUAAAGAAGGAGUCUUCCCAGAUAAUUUUGCUAUUCAAAUACAAGAGUCUGAUAAAGACUUCCCUAAGCCAAAGAAACCUCCACCUCCAGCUAAAAGUCCAGCUCCAAAGCCUGAAUUGUCAACUGGAGAGAAGAAAUUCCCUUCUUUGAGGCCUGAAGAAAAAGAUGAAAAAGGAGCUUUGGAUCAGAAGCCUUUGAAGCCACAAGCUCCUCAAGUACCACCCAAGAAGCCUAUUCCUCCAAGCAAGACUAACAGCUUACUGAGAGCAGGGCUUCUGCACCCAAAGCGUCCAGAUAAACCUGGUUUGCCAUCAUCUGUAUCCAAAUCUAAUGGAGAAGUUGUUUCUCUUCGACCGAAAUCUGAAGUUGAGCCAGUAGCAAAACCAAAGUUAGACUCUGAACCAUUACCCCUUAGACCAAAAUCAGUAGAGGUAGAUUCACUUGUGGUGAAGAGCUCUAAAGAAUCAGAUCUGUUAAGCUUUGAUGAUGUAAUAGCUACCUCAGAUAAUCUGUCACACCCUACUGCAAACCGACCCAAGAUGACUGGUAGGAGGCCACCCUCCCGUUUCAAUAGCAGUAUACCUGCAAGUCAAAAUGUGAGUCCAGAAAAAAGUUUGAAGGUGCAGAAAGAAGAAGAAAGUGCCAAACCAAAGCCAGUUGAAACAAAAAAGCCAUCUGCAUUCAGCCCACCAAUUCCAUCUUCAUCUCAGAGACCAAGUUCUGUUGUACUCAACUUUUUUCCUGGAGACAUCCAACUUAAAGGAGAAAUAGAAGAUGAAAAAAUUUCUGUGGAAGAGCUCAGGACUCAGAUUAAUGAUUUGAUGGGUUUAGUAGAAGCACUGAAGAAAGAGCAUGGGAGAGAACUGGAAAAACUAAAGAAGGAAUUGGAAGAAGAGAAGCUGCUGCGAAGUAAUCUGGAGCUUGAAAUAGAAAAACUGAAGAGAGCAGUGAUGUCUACAUGAGACAGCUAUGGACUCCAUGUUUUUAACUCAGAAUUCAAAGCUGAACAGAAGAACUGACUUUUAUUUCGUAAUAAUGAAUGCUGGUGUUCUACAGUCUUAAAGAAGAAAAGUAUAGUAAAAAAAAAAAAAAA